GCAUCUAUACCCACUCCACUGUGCUCGUGACUAACGCUGUCGUCAUCGCUAUCGUUAUCGCCCGAGCAUUGUGCAUGAGCUUUUAGCGUGGUUAGUGGUGCAGCAAAUACAGGAGUGUGUCGGAGUGUGCUUUGCGGAACCUUGCGGCGUUUACAGGGAGUCCAAGAUGGAAGACGGUGACAAUAAAGUGGAAAUCGAGCUGGGUAAAGAUAGGAAAUCCUACGCCGGCAUACCGGAGGCCGACUUUGUGGAUGACGUCGAGGCUUUCAUGGCGAAGCCAGAGAACGAAACGGUGGACAAGGUACUCAGGAAGCUCGACGAGAGCCACGGGAAGUACAAGUUUAUGGAGUUUAACCUAGUGAACAAACGAAGACGCUUAAAGUCGCAGAUACCAGAUCUGGAGAGAUCCCUGGAGAUGAUCGAGAAACUGCAGGUCGAGAAGAGUAGCUUAGAAACGCAAUUCCUAUUAUCGGAACAGGUUUACGCGAAAGCCGUGAUACCACCCACCGACAAGGUGUGUCUAUGGCUGGGCGCUAAUGUCAUGCUAGAAUAUACCUUGAACGACGCGCAGGAAGUGCUGACGAAAAAUAUCGAGGCGGCCAAGAAGAAUUUAGGAUACGUAGAGCACGAUUUAGACUUUGUUCGCGAUCAGUACACCACCAUGGAGGUGAACAUGGCGCGUAUCUACAAUUGGGAAGUAAAGCGCAGGCAAGCGGCGAAAGCCACGUGAAAUCGUCAAUCUUACUCUGUCUCGGAUUUGCCUAAAGCCAGGAGAGCAUCUACUAUAUGAAGAAUAAGGUUCGUCAAUACGCAGCACCGUUGAAAUUCCUGGAAUAAAAGACUCAAGAACUUAUUUAAUUAUCAAGUCUUGCGACACGUCGAUACUCUUGUAUAUCUCAAGUUACAUCUAGACGUCUAUAAAUUUUUGUAAUUAA